UUUUUAAUAUUUAUUUAAAAUUAAAUUAAACAAUAUUUUUAAAAUUUAGUAAAUCAACUGAAAAAUUAUACAUAAAAUGAAUUACUUGCAGACAUUAAAAAGUUCAAACAACAAUACAAAUGAAAAAGAAGUAUUACCUAAUAUUUUAACACAACAUUUCUUUUUAUACAUUAUGUAUUUGAGGGAAGCUUAUGACAAAUUCAAUCAACCUUUGAAUAAAACACUAGUUCAGGCUUGGAUAAACCGUUUGUUAGGAACACCUCAUCCGGAUAUCCAAACUGCUAUGUUGCGAAAUAUGUACUUGUCUCAAUUUAUAAUGAAUUUAAUUGAUGGGAAAUUGGAAGACCCUUUUACGAAAAAUCCCCCCAGUGGACCUUUAAGUGAACUGAAUAUAAUUUAUAACAUUAAAAAGGAGUCUACGGAGUCUAAAGAGAUUUACAAGAAUUUGGGAUCAAACAUCACAAAUAGAGAAUUACCUCUUAAAACUUUAAAUCAAUUGUCUUCAGAUAGACGCACAUACGUAUCAAUUAGGCACUUGGAAAAUGGGACUGUAUUAUUUGGUUAUAUUGCGAUAACUAUUGGUGAUGUUAAUGAUGAACCUUUGUGGGUUGAUGACAAAGGAAAUCCUGUCCAAUAUUUGUCACCAAAUGCUCAAGAUUUACCGGUAGUAUCUCUAAAACACGAUAAACUAAACGAUGUAAAAACAAUAGAUUCUAGUCUGAAAGAUUUGGCAAACGACGUAUGGGAAGUGCUAAGCCAAAGACGCAAACCUGAGAUUAGAAAACGAGCUAAAGACUUUUAUGUAAUGAUUUAUAAUAAUAUAGAGCAAGAGAUGCUACGAGAAGAAAAUACAAACUCCAUUGAAUGUCGAGAUCCUUAUGUAGAGAAAUUAAUACAGUUUCUUUUGGAUGAUAUGUCGAUGAAUUGUGUUCGAGAUCCUGAAGAGUUUCGUAGAUUCAAUAUGUUGUCUAUAUUAAAAAAACGCAUUAAGAGAGUUAUUCAAGAAAUUGAAGAGAGACAAGUAAUUUUAGAAAAAGUACAAACGCAAAAUUCUACUCUAGCGAUGCAAUUAAUACUUCAACCAGCGACCUUGUGUCAGGACUUUAUGACAUUAAUGGCGGUUCAAGACGCUAUUAAAGGACAGCCAACUGUUAAAAUAACAGAUCUUUUAUUUGUACAAUAUCCACCAUGCGUUGUCAACACAGUUUUGAAACUAAUUACUCAGGAAAAACUACAUAUAAUGCAAUUAAUAAAAUCACGUUUGGAUAAUAUUUUAAGAGAAAUGUACAAAGAAUUAAGGGAAUCGAUUCUUCGCGGAUUAAAGAGUUACAAAAAUUCUAGAGUAGAAUGGAAACGCACUUGGGGUGUCGUAAAAGAGUAUGAGGAUAUUUCAGAAUGUAUAGUAUCUUUAUUAACGACCGUCGGUAACGUAGAAGCUCGUGAAAAUUUCAUCGUAACUGUUGAAAACGAAAUGAUUAUGACAUUACAAAGAUUAAAGACUGCUAAUAUGAAAACAGAACAACUGGAACAAGAUAUAAGACAGCUCCAUAAAAAUGUGCAUGAUUUAAAUGAAAAGUUGGAAAUGGAAAAGAAAAUGAUCGCAGAACAAAAUGAUUUAUUUGUAGUUGAAAUAGCCAAUGAAAAAAAAGCUAUUGACAAAAGAAAAGCGACUAUCGAAAAAUUGAAAUUUAUGGCUAUUGACGAUAUUGUAAAAGAUAAAAAUUAAUCUAACACUUAUGAAGUUGUAAACAACAAUCAUUUUAACUAAUUGGUGUAAAAUUAAAUGUGUAGUUAAGAUCUUAAAACAAUAGUUUUUUCAGAAUUUUUUUUUAUUUUUGUGCAUAAAUAACUUAAAAAAACCCAGCACAGUGGGGUCGCGGCAUAGUGGGGAUGUUGCAUAGUUGGGUCCAGUAUAGAUUUAAUCUGACAGUGAUUAAAAUCACUAUCAUAAGAAACGCUUCGAUGCAAAUCAGUAGAUAGUGUUUAAUUCUAAGAAAUUGGUGGAUAAUUACAAAAGCUACAUUAUCUGCUAGUUUCUUAUUAAUACCCUGAUUAAGAUAAAGUAUGUCGAAUGAAAAAGGGAUUAUUAAAAAAUAUUAUUUCUCAUAAAAAAAUUGUGUUGAUUCGUACACUUUUCAAUGAGUUAUAGCAUUAUAAAGUUAAAAAUGUAACCAACCCAACCCAACAUCAACUCCUAUUUCCUUAAUUAUA